AUGUCUCACUCCGAUCAAAAACUUGAUGCCCCCGCCCAGUCCCUUCAUGCAAUCAAUUUUACUUUGCCUGAAUUCUGGCAACACGCUCCAGAACUUUACUUCAUCCGCAUAGAAUCAGCCUUUAAUUCUGCCAACGUUACCAAGGAGCUAGCAAAAUACCACAAACUCGUGGAGGUCCUCCCCGCUAGUGUCAUCUCUCAAGUUCAGUCCUUGCUAGCUAAUCCUCCUGCAGAUGCUCCCUACUCCGCGUUAAAGGCAGAAAUCCUCCGACUUAAUUCUGUGUCUGACCGACAGAGGUAUCACCAGUUAAUUAAGGAGGAGUCAUUGGGUGACCGGAAGCCCUCAGAGCUUCUACGUCGGAUGCGUUGUCUCCUUGGAGACAUGCAAGUUGAUGAUAAAUUUAUCAAGGAGAUGUUCCUGGAGCGCCUGCCCACAGAUGUUCAAACGAUCCUGGCGUCCGGCUCUCAGGAUCUCACAGUGUCACAGUUGGCUGAGAUGGCGGAUCGAAUGAUAGAGGUGCAACGAUUCCAGUCACCUUCCGUUGCCCAGAUCUCAUCCUCAUCGUCAGUGAAUGAGCAUUUACUAAAACAGGUGUCGGCCAUGGCAGAUGAGAUGGCCUCUCUUAAAAUACAGCUCGCCCGCCUAACUUCCAGUCGCUCACGCAGUCGUCGUCGUUCUCGUUCGCGACCUCGGACUGCUGAUACUUGCUGGUACCACACUAAUUUCGGCGUAAAGGCCCGUCGCUGUUCCUCACCUUGCUCUUUUAAGCCAAAACAGGGAAACCAGUCAGCCAGAGAAUAG